AUGGUCCUGGAACCAGGAGGUGGUCUGUCCUUCCCACUGCCUCCUGGUAGCGGUUCCGGUGGUUCCGGUGGUUCCUUAUUGAGACCGGCCAGGCUCUUCCAGAGGGCGACACCCGUGGCCCAGCAUCAGGCCGCAGCAGCUGCUGUCAGGUUUCUCAGUCAUCAUCAUCCUCAUCAUCCGCAUCCGGCGCUGGGGAACCACCCCCUGGUGCCGGCGAUAACUAGCCACCAUCCAGCCGCCCAUCAUCUUCAUCACGGUGCCGAUCACGCCGACGAGGAUGACGAGAAGAAAGGCUGCGACGGGGAAUCGGACGAAGGUGGGAGCAAGAGACGAAGGAGCAGGACCAACUUUAAUAGUUGGCAAUUGGAGGAAUUGGAACGGGCAUUUCUCGCGAGCCAUUAUCCUGAUGUCUUUAUGCGGGAAGCGCUGGCGCUGAGGCUCGAGUUGAAAGAGGGCCGCGUCGCCGUGUGGUUCCAGAACAGAAGAGCAAAAUGGAGGAAGAAGGAGCACACGAAGAAGGGUCCAGGCAGGCCGGCGCACAACGCUCACCCCCAGAGCUGUAGCGGGGAGCCGAUUCCGCCGGAAGAACUGAGAAGAAAGGAGCGAGAAAGGCGGCAGAAGAAGUUGUUAAAGGCUCUCGAACGACAGCAGAGGAAGUUGGCCGCGAAGGGCAUCACAGUCGACCUGUCAACGCUCAGAGCCGAGUGGGAGUCGCGAAGCGCCGCUGCCUCUGGUGGGAGCUCUCUGAACGGCACCUUGGGUAGCUCGUUCGGCCACCUGAGCAACAACAACGAGAGCAGCAGCGUGUCAGGGUCCGGGAACGACGCGAACGAGGAGAUCGACGUCGUGGGCGGGCUGGAUUCCUGCAGCGAGAGCGGCAGCGAGAGGGUCGAUUCGGCGGCUGACGGUUCGGCAGAUGGAGAGUGUUACCCAAGACUGUCCAGUGUGACCGGGGACCAGAACGAUCACCGAAGAAACGUGAACCAGAUUGCCAGCAACCACCAGAACCCUAACUCCAGCCUAAGCCUAGACCACCUGAACCACCAGCAGGGUAUCCGUCAUUGGGGAUUGAGCCUCCUGGAAAGAAGGAGGGAGCUAGUGAACAUUAGCAACGCGAGCGGAACGCGUCAAACAACGAACAACAACAGCAACCCGGAGAGGACAUCGGUUAAGCAACAGAUCAAAGAGGAAGAGGUUCAAAGCAGUAGCAUAGAUCUAUCCGUGAAAGGCAGGGAAGAGAGGAAGAGGCUGAACCCGUUCUCGAUCGACAGCCUACUAGGCAAUAAUCGAACCAGCACACCUGGGAUCCACAACGAAUACAGAGCCUCGACGCCGACAUUGUCGAACGGAAGGGGGUCCAGCAGCCCAACGUCACCGAUCUCGGUGCCCACUUCACCAUCCACGACGUAG